CGAGGGGCGGCCGCAAGGACGGGGCUCCUCGCUGCCCUCCGUCAGCGGCCGCCGCCCACUUACACCCGUGCUCGCCGCCCUGCGAUCCCGCCCUUCCCGCCCCGCCGCUGCGGGCCUUCCUCCGUCCCUCAGCCUGCUGUGCAUACUGGAGAUGCAGAAACCAUGUAGCAGAAUGCUUUGAGCAGCUGUGGAUUACCCAUUUCUCCCAAGAGCAAUAUAAAGUGAAGAAUGAAGGCCACUGGAUUUAUUUCCCUGUGGACGUUGGUUUCGCUGCCUUGUAGCCCCUUAGCAAACCCUGCAGAGCGUGAAGAUGUAGUGAAGCAUGCAAUCAAACUGCACCGUGGGAAAGGAGCUGUUAUCGCUCAGAGGAAGCAGUGGGUGCUGGAGAGCUGCAGAAAACUGUCUGGUCUUCUUCACCAAAAGAACGUUGUUCUCAACAAACUAAAAAAUGCCAUAAGAGCAGUUGAGAAGGAUGCAGGACUGUCUGAUGAAGAGAAACUUUUUCAGGUGCACACCUUUGAAAUUUUCCAAAAGGAGCUAAAUGAGAGUGAAAACUCCGUCUUUCAGGCAAUCCAUGGCCUCCAGAGAGCACUACAGGGUGAUUACAAAGAUGUUGUAAAUAUGAAGGAAAGCAGUAGACAGAGACUGGAGGCCUUGAGAGAAGCUGCAAUUAAGGAAGAAAUGGAGUAUGUUGAACUCUUAGCAGCAGAAAAACACCAGGUUGAAGCCCUUAAGAACAUGCAGCACCAAAACAAAAGCCUGUCAAUGCUUGAUGAAAUUCUGGAAGAUGUCAGGAAGGCAGCUGAUAGACUGGAAGAGGAAAUAGAAGAGCAUGCCUUUGAUGACAACAAAUCUGUAAGAGGUGUAAACUUUGAAGCAGUUUUAAGGGUCGAAGAAGAUGAAGCCAACUCCAAAAGAAACGCUUCAAAAAGAGAAGUAGAAGAUGACUUAGGUCUUAGUAUGCUUAUUGAUUCUCAGAACAAUCAGUAUAUCCUUACUAAACCCAGAGAUUCAACCAUUCCUCGUGCUGAUCAUCAUUUCAUAAAGGAUAUUGUGACAAUAGGAAUGUUGUCUUUGCCAUGUGGCUGGCUGUGCACAACAAUAGGAUUGCCAACCAUGUUUGGAUAUAUCAUCUGUGGAGUACUCUUAGGACCCUCAGGACUAAAUAGUAUCAAGUCUAUUGUACAGGUGGAGACGUUAGGAGAGUUUGGUGUAUUCUUCACUCUUUUUCUAGUUGGUCUGGAAUUUUCUCCUGAAAGAUUAAGAAAGGUAUGGAAAAUAUCUUUGCAAGGACCCUGCUACAUGACCGUUCUGAUGAUUGCCUUUGGUUUACUAUGGGGGCACUUGCUCCAAAUUAGACCGACACAGAGUGUCUUCAUUUCCACUUGUUUGUCCUUGUCAAGCACACCAUUGGUGUCCAGAUUUCUUGCAGGUAGUGUUCGAGGAGAUAAAGAAGGGGACAUUGACUACAGCAGCGUACUGCUUGGCAUGUUGGUGAUGCAGGAUGUGCAGCUUGGUUUAUUUAUAGCUGUCAUGCCUACACUUAUUCAAGCAGGAGUGAGCACGUAUUCCAGCAUUUUCAAGGAAAUUCUGAGAAUACUGAUACUGAUUGGUCAAAUUCUGUUUUCUCUGGCUGCUGUUUUUCUUCUGUGUCUUGUUAUAAAGACUUACCUCAUAGGACCGUAUUACCGCAAGUUGCACACAGAAAGCAAGGGGAAUAAAGAAAUCCUCAUCCUAGGAAUAACUGCAUUCACCUUCCUUAUGUUAACGAUCACAGAGCUGUUGGAUGUUUCAAUGGAGCUGGGAUGCUUCUUAGCCGGAGCUCUGAUCUCUUCUCAGGGUCACAUGGUUACUGAGGAGAUUAUGUGCUGUAUUGAACCAAUACGUGACUUUCUUGCCAUCAUUUUCUUUGCAUCUAUAGGACUUCAUGUUUUUCCCACGUUUGUAAUAUAUGAACUCACAGUCCUGCUAUUCCUCACAUUGUCUGUCGUCAUAAUGAAGUUUGUCUUGGCAGUGCUUGUCCUUUCUUUGAUUCUUCCAAAGACCAGCCAAUAUAUCAAAUGGAUAGUCUCAGCAGGACUGGCACAAGUCAGUGAAUUCUCUUUUGUUCUGGGAAGCAGAGCACGCAGAGCAGGGAUCAUAUCUCGGGAGGUCUAUCUUCUUAUUCUGAGUGUGACUACUCUUAGCCUUUUACUUGCCCCUGCCCUGUGGAGAGCUGCAAUUAUGAAAUGUGUUCCAAGACCUGAAAGACGCUCAAGUACUUGAUCAAGAUUUGCACAAGUAGAAGAAUAUGUUCUCUUGCAAGGAAAACAUCUUCAUUUCUCUUUGUAUUUCUAUGCACUCAGAAAACAAGACCUGUUGAGUAGUCAGUGUUCUUAACAAGCACUUGGUUAUAAGCCUUAUACUGACCUUAAAACAAAACAAAAUUCAAUACUAAAAAAUAAUUGCAUCAUUUGAAUUGCACACCUUCUACAAAAUUUACUUUAACUCAGAUUGGAAUCUGCUAGAAUAUUUGUUUCUGAUCCAAUCUGCUACUCAGAGCAUAAAUUAUUUUUUUAAAAUAUAGCAUCAUGCAAACUA